AUGUCGGACCCUCGGCUGCGAGCGCGAGCUCAGCAGCAGCAACCACUUGCACCCGCGCCCCCACCUCCUCCACCGCCGCCCAUGGAGCCCCCGGUCGCCCUUGAUGGCGCCAACAAUGCAGCACAUGAUGACCAAGGAGCGACUGCCUCCAACUCCGACUUUAAGCUCAAGUUCUGUACCGUAUGUGCUAGCAACCAGAACCGCUCAAUGGAAGCUCAUCUUCAACUCGCCGCCGCAAACCUUCCUACCAUCUCCUUUGGCACUGGCUCUCUAGUCCGCCUCCCAGGGCCCAGCAUCACCCAGCCUAAUGUCUACAAGUUCAACAACACUACAUACGAAGCUAUACACCAGGAGCUAUCAAAUCAAAACGCCCAGCUGUACACCGCAAAUGGUUUGCUGAACAUGCUCGGUCGCAACCUCACCAUCAAAUCGUACCCUGAGAGGUUCCAAGACUGGGUGCCAGGCAAGCCAAGGCUUGAACACAAGGACGACCAAGGGUAUGCGGGCACGGAGUCUGGCGUCGUGGAUGUCAUUAUCACGUGUGAGGAGCGCUGCUUCGAUGCCGUCCUGGAGGACCUGCACAACAAGGGAGGCAGGAUGAACCGCCCCGUUCACGUUUUCAACGUCGACAUCCGAGAUAAUCACGAAGAGGCGCUCGUCGGCGGGAAAGGCAUUCGCGAGCUUGCGAUGAUGUUGAACGAUGCUGCCGCGCAGGAGAUGGAGACACACGGCGACAGUGGCUGGGAUAGCGGCGGCGGUAAUGCCCGUGCGGGCUUUGACGAGCGCGUACCAGAUAUUCUUGCUGCCUGGCAGGAGAAAUGGCCGAACCUCCCGGCUAUCUGGAGUUUGGCUUGGUUUUAG